AUGACAUUAUUACGUGAGUGUGAGGGUAUUGUGUGUGAGGAAUAUAGGAAAUAUCAAGUAAAGACGAGUAUACAUCACUGGCAACUAAGGGAUAUGAUAUCUAGUACAAAUGAUCAGAAUGAGAUAUUAUAUGUAUAUGGUAAUUCAAUCAAUAUAUUACAUACUAAGUCACAGAAGAUACAUUCUGUCACCAGGAAUAUGCAGUUUAAUCCUACUGCUGUGUGUUAUAAUAAUAAUAUAAUAGCAGCAGGUGGUCAAAGGAGUCAGUUGUACAUUAAGAAUAUGCAGACAGGCACAGAUAAGAAAGUAUCCACUGGGGGAUCAAUAAAUAAUGGUCUAGAGAUAUUCUGUAAUUAUGGUGAUACAAGAGUACUUGUAUGCAAUAAUGAUGAGACAAUCAAGGAAUAUUCCAUAGAUACCAUGCGUAGGUGCUCAAUUAUCUCACAUGAUGCACCUGUUAAUAACUGUGCUGUAAGUGAUAAUGGUAAGAUACUGGCUACAGUAGGUGACUCCAAUGAGAUAUCCAUAUAUUCCAUAGGAAGAGAGAAGUAUCCCCUUAUUAGUAAGGUUAAGACCAUGAAUGAUGCUUCAUUCCAAGUAUCAUGGAGUCCAUCUGAUACAUAUCUGGCUGCCAGUACGCAGGAUGGGUAUGUUUGUGUAUAUGAUAUAAGGAAUAUGAAGGAUAAGAUAGAGACAAUUAGGUCAGUACAAGGACCCUUAGUGAAAGGGGCAUGCAGGAAUGUCAAGUUCUGUCCUGAUAGUGCCAUGGACUUAUUAGUAUUCACUGAGCACGUAUCACACUUUACUGUAGUGGAUGUACGUGAUUUCAGCAAGAGACAGAGUAUCACUGUGACUGGUACCACAGGGGACAAGCACAUAUCAGGUAUGGCAUUCGGGGAGAAUGGGAGUAAGCUGUAUAUUGGUACAGAGAUGGUCAUAUACGAAUUUGGCAUGAAUAUAUUCAGCAGAAGACUGUUCCAGACUGGGGGAGUAAACUAG